UAGAUGCUUUUCAAAAAAAAAAGAAAGAAAAAAGAAACAUUAAUUGCUCAAGGGGUAAAUGAAGAAAAAAAAAUGUUGGACAACUUUUGCCAUUGAAUUUAUCCUCUGAACUUUAAACACGCGAUAUACAACGAAAAGCUUUUGAGGAUGUGGGAAGAGUUUGCGUCGAGAGAAAAUUCAGAAAUGAGUAAUUGCUGAUCUUAUUCUCUCUUGCUCUCUCUCCUGAAAAUGUAUAAAAUAAGGGAAAGCUCUUGAGAAAAUUGCCAGUUGCUGUUGAACUGCUGCAUUUUAAGUAUCGUGCUUCUGUCUGAACCCCAAGAGAAAGGCUAUUUGUUUAAAGUGACGAUUAGCAUUUUAUUUAUCAAAUGGACUUGACUUGUGCAACGAAAAAAAAGACAAUGCUCAAUUUCAAUUAGUGUCCUAAUCGCAUUGUGGCUGGAUAUAACACUUUUAAAUAUUACAAGUAAAUAAAAAAAAAGAAAAAAAAACGAAAAGUUGAGGAAGGGCAAAUAAUUUUCCAAUUUGUGUGGACAGCAAUAAAACUUGAUGACUCCUGAAUAGAUAAAUAUAAAAUGAGCUUAUAAGUUUGCGUGUUGCGGGACACAAGAGAUUAACAAUAAAAUAAAAUGUCACAUAAUAAAAAAAAUCGUUAGAGGAGCAAUGAUCUAAAAACAAAAAGCCCGUUUUUUCCGCCCAAAUAUCCUGUUAAAUUGUCAAGAAGGAACUCUUUUUGUCCCAUAUCUAGGAACUGAAAGUCAAUUAAUUGUGUAAGAAAAGUGUGAAGAAUAAUGGCUAAAUUGCAGAGAAAAUCAUUUCGUGUUUUAUUCGGAGGAUGCAAUAAUGGUGCCAAUGUUACAGUUCCAGCCCCAUUGAGAAUUCCACGUACCUGGACAAGAGUUCUAAGGCUAACACAGCCGCCGAAAGUGCCCAUUGAAGAAUUUAUACAGGCGGCUGAAGCGGGAAAUCUUGAGGAUUUUGCUCGACUCUUUAACAGUGAUAACACAAGAUUGAGCGUUAAGGAUGGCAAGGGGCGUACAGCGGCUCAUCAGGCUGCUGCGAGGAAUAAAGUGAAUAUUCUGCAAUUUAUACGUGAUCAACAAGGAGAUCUCAACUCACAAGAUGCCCUGGGAAAUACACCACUUCAUAUAGCCGUGGAAAAUGAUUCACUAGAUGCUCUGGAUUUUCUCCUUGCAAUACCUGUGAAUACGACAAUUCUCAAUGAGAAGAAACAAGCUCCCGUGCAUUUGGCCACAGAAUUGAAUAAAGUCUCAGCCCUUCAGGUGAUGGGAAAACAUCGGAAUGCCAUAGACAUUCAACAAGGUGGUGAACACGGAAGAACAGCAUUGCAUUUGGCGGCUAUUUAUGAUCAUGAAGAGUGCGCUAGAAUUUUGAUCACAGAAUUCAAAGCUUGUCCUCGAAGACCGUGCAAUAACGGCUAUUACCCAAUUCACGAAGCUGCCAAAAACGCCAGCUCAAAAACAAUGGAAGUUUUCCUUCAAUGGGGCGAAUCUCGUGGAUCGUCACGUGAAGAGAUGAUCUCCUUUUAUGACUCUGAGGGCAAUGUCCCUCUCCAUUCAGCUGUCCAUGGGGGAGAUAUAAAGGCAGUGGAACUCUGUCUCAAAUCUGGCGCAAAAAUAUCCACCCAGCAGCAUGAUCUCUCCACGCCAGUUCAUUUGGCAUGUGCUCAAGGGGCUCUGGAUAUUGUUAAGCUCAUGUUCACGCUACAGCCCAAAGAGAAGAAGAUUAGUCUGAGUUGCACAGAUGUCCAGAAAAUGACACCCCUACAUUGUGCUUCAAUGUUCGAUCAUCCGGACAUUGUGGAGUAUUUAGUAGCCAAUGGAGCAGAUAUCAAUGCUCUGGACAAAGAGCACAGAUCUCCCCUUCUUUUGGCUGCAUCCAGGGGUGGCUGGAGAACAGUACAUAGCCUGAUUCGUCUUGGAGCGAAUAUAAGUCUCAAAGAUGCCAAUAACAGAAAUGUUCUGCAUUUGGUCAUCAUGAAUGGUGGGAGAUUGGAGGAGUUUGCAAUGGAAGUCUCAAAGACUCAGUCCCAAACGCAUCUUCUGCAAUUGCUCAAUGAAAAGGACAAUACAGGAUGCUCACCACUGCACUAUGCCAGUCGUGAGGGUCAUAUCAAGUCCCUGGAGAAUCUCAUUCGUCUGGGUGCUUGUAUUAAUCUUAAGAACAACAACAACGAGAGUCCUCUGCACUUUGCAGCUCGCUACGGAAGGUUCAACACUGUCCGUCAGCUGUUGGACUCUGAAAAAGGAACCUUCAUCAUCAACGAGAGCGAUGGAGAAGGCCUGACUCCAUUGCAUAUUGCAUCCCAGCAGGGACAUACAAGAGUUGUGCAGUUGCUCCUAAAUAGAGGAGCCCUGCUCCAUCGUGACCACAAUGGACGCAAUCCUCUGCACUUGGCAGCAAUGUCCGGCUAUACUCAGACCAUUGAGCUUCUGCAUUCAGUUCACAGUCAUCUUCUGGAUCAAGUGGACAAAGAUGGCAAUACAGCCUUGCAUCUGGCCACGAUGGAAAACAAGCCCAAUGCAAUUUCACUCUUGCUGACGAUGGAGUGCAAAUUGCUAUACAAUUAUAUGGACAUGAGUGCAAUUGAUUAUGCCAUCUACUAUAAAUAUCCUGAGGCAGCUCUUGCUAUGGUAACCCACGAGGAACGUGCCUCGGAGAUAAUGGCUCUGAAAUCGGACAAACAUCCUUGUGUCACUCUGGCACUUAUUGCAUCCAUGCCAAGGGUAUUUGAAGCUGUCCAGGAUAAAUGCAUCACAAAGGCUAACUGCAAAAAGGACUCCAAAAGUUUUUACAUCAAAUACUGCUUUAAAACUCUUCAAUGUCCAAUGAUGUAUGCUCAAAUGGACGAAAAGACGGGGAAUGCAGUACAAAUUUCCAAACCCAUUCCUUUGCCAGCACUAAAUGCCAUGGUGUCACAUGGACGCGUGGAAUUACUGGCACAUCCACUAAGUCAGAAGUAUCUGCAGAUGAAAUGGAAUUCAUACGGAAAAUACUUUCAUUUGGCAAAUCUUCUCUUCUACUGCGUAUUUCUCUUCUUUGUCACCAUGUUCUCCUCCCAAUUGAUGCACAAUCACGUGGAAUUGGUAAACAAGGAUGUCAAUGCCACAAAUAUCUCGGACAGUGAAUCAACUCUCCCACCCUUGAUGCAACAUCACCAUUUCAACCAGACUCUGGAAAUAACGACCAUUAUGAUGGUGUCUGGGAUGGCCAUUGUUGCUUACAUUGCUAUCAAUUCUCUGAGGGAAAUUGUCCAGGUGUACCAGCAAAAGUGGCAAUAUCUUCUUGAGCCGAUUAAUUUGGUCUCCUGGACACUUCAUGUCUCUGCACUUACUAUGAUUUCUGCACUCUUCUGUGGAGGAUUCAUUUCCGAUGCUCAUUACUCAGCUGCAUCUGUUACUGUAUUUCUCUCCUGGUUCAAUUUGCUCCUUUUUCUCCAGAGAUUCGAUCAGGUGGGAAUCUAUGUAGUGAUGUUCCUGGAGAUUCUUCAAACUCUCAUCAAAGUGUUGAUGGUUUUCUCGAUCCUCAUUAUUGCCUUUGGAUUGGCUUUCUAUAUCCUCUUAUCAAAUUCUCUCUAUCUUCAGACUACCUACUCAUUCUCAUCUAUCCCCAUGUCUCUAAUGCGCACUUUCUCAAUGAUGCUUGGUGAAAUGGACUUUGUGGGAACUUAUGUACAACCCUUUCAUCGCAAUGAAUUACCAUAUCCCAUCCCAGCAUUUGUCAUCCUCUGUCUCUUCAUGAUUCUCAUGCCAAUCCUUCUGAUGAAUCUCCUGAUCGGUUUGGCGGUCGGUGACAUCGAGUCAGUACGCAGGAAUGCCCAGCUCAAGAGGUUGGCCAUGCAGGUGGUCCUACAUACGGAACUGGAACAAAAAUUGCCCCAAAUGUGGCUGGAGAAAGUGGAUAAGAUGGAACUGAUUGAGUAUCCCAAUGAUACAAAGUGCAAACUGGGCUUUCUGGACUCCAUCCUGAGGAAAUGGUUCUGCAAUCCAUUCAAUGAAGACGGUGGGUUUGAAUCAGCUAAAUGGGAGGACUUUACUAACGGUUCCUUUACAGCUGGAUUGGAAAUGGUCCUGGACUCCAGUAGUGAGGACUACCUGGCCACGGAAAUUGAUAAACAGAAGAGAAAGUUGAGAGAGAUUACCAGUGCACUGGAGCAACAGCAUCAACUCCUAAGGCUUAUUGUUCAGAAAAUGGAAAUUAAAACUGAAGCUGAUGAUGUGGAUGAAGGUGUUUCGCCCAAUGAUUUACGACCCCUCUCAUCAGCAGCUUUUAGUAGUGUUAGCAACUCUCGCUGGACAUCUCCGAGGAUCCGCAAGAAGUUGCGAUCGGCUGUUAGCUUCAAUAAGAAUUUGUAAUUCACCGGCUUUUGAUGUGACCUUUUUUUGUAUGUGAAUCACAAUUAUUGUUAUUUAUGACCAAACAGGUUUCGAUGUAAGAAAUAAAAAUUUCUUAAAUGUA